CACCAACACUAACACUAACACUAACAGCGGCAACUAUGACAGGAGACAAGUUUCCAGGCUGAGCUAGGCUGGUCGGCAGCCGCUUGUCCUAUUCUCGGAGGGACGACGUAAAGCGCUGGACGUCGAGAAAUCCCUGCGCUUGCCUGUCUUACUCCUAAAGUAACGUUACCUGCUGGACACGGACAGUUUGGAUAUAGACCGGCGACGGCGGCGGCAGGAGCAGCAGGGCGAGUGUGUGAGUGCUUUGGCGGCGAAACAUGAACAAAAACCACCGUGUGCCGAGCAGCCGUUCUCUGAGUGCCGUGGAGGUGAAGAGCAAGUUCGGCGCAGAGUUCCGUCGCUUCUCCCUGGACCGGUCCAAGCCGGGCCGCUUCGAUGAGUUCUACGGCCUCCUGCAGCACGUGCACCGCAUCCCCAAUGUGGAGCUGCUGGUGGGCUACGCCGACGUGCACGGCGACCUGCUGCCCAUCAACAAUGACGACAACUACCACAAGGCCAUCUCAACAGCUGCUCCCCUGCUCAGGCUGUUCCUGCAGAGGAAAGAGGAAGCUGAUUACUCAACGUUUGGUACCGAUUCUCUGACCAGGAAGAAAAACACGGUGCUUUCGGCAGUUCUUUUGCGGCCUGAUGCCAACAGGAAAAAACCUCCAGUUAUCAUCAGUCUCCCGAGGGACUUCCGCCCCGUCUCCUCCAUCAUCGAUGUGGACAUCCUGCCUGAGACGCACCGACGUGUGCGUCUAUACAAGCACGGCCAGGAGAAGCCAUUGGGCUUCUACAUUCGUGACGGCUCCAGUGUGCGGGUCACACCGCAGGGUCUGGAGAAGGUCCCGGGCAUUUUCAUCUCUCGUAUGGUGCCCGGCGGGCUGGCAGAGAGCACCGGCCUGCUAGCAGUAAAUGACGAGGUGCUGGAGGUGAAUGGUAUCGAGGUGGCUGGGAAGUCUCUGGACCAGGUGACGGACAUGAUGAUCGCCAACAGCCACAACCUCAUCAUCACCGUGAAGCCUGCCAACCAGCGGAACAAUAUUGUUCGCAGUGGAGGAGGGGGUGCAGCGUCCGGUAGCUCGGGGCGCUCAUCGGACAGCGGAGCCAGCUAUUACGGCUACUCAUCGCAGGGUGUGGUCGGCGCAGCGGCCUCCAUGCCAUCGCAUAUCAUCCAGAAUUUCCCUGUCGGGGAACUGGAGAGCGACGAGGACGACGAGGACCUAGUGAUCGAGGCGGGAGGCGACGCCGAGCCCAUCAGACGCGCCCCCUCCAACUACAGCAUGCCCUCUCUGCCUCGCUACGAGCCGCACCUCAACCUCCGAGUUACCACCACAUCCACGUCCAAUCUCUCAAUCAACGCCAACGGGACCCUGCAAGCCAGCGCCAGCAGCGGAUCACUAAGCAACGCCAAUGUGACGUCGACUACGCCGUCGCCAGACAGAGCAAUGGAUAGGCGGAGUCUGGAGGAGGAUGGCACUGUUAUAACUCUGUAGACUGGGCAUUCACACACUAAACACUGGAAACCUGAAGUAGACACACACUCAGAUACUUCCACCCACACUUGGGGGGGAGUUAUGGACCACCAGAUAAAACACAGGACCAUCCUUUUUCCAUUAAACACAUACAUCCAUACGAUGACUGUAUCUGAGAAGCACAAUAUGUGUACAUAUUAAGUCAACACAACAACACUGACACCUAAACCUUUGUACGUCCUAACAUUUACAUGUAAAACACUGCACCCCAGGAUUCGCUCCUCUACAUGCCAAUGACAUGCAUGUGUGCCAUAGUGGCGACACAACCCCCCCCCCCCCCCUCACUUAAAUGUACCUUAUUUCCAAACCACUAGCAGCACUUGUUUUAUUCCAAAAACUGUUGUUACUACGAGCUUCCACUAGAUGGCGAAGAUGAGACACUCAAUCCUCCCCAUUUCUUUAAAUCAGUCCAAUGAAUAGAUGAAGGCUCUUGAUGACAAUCUGUAGAUGUUUUUGGCCUUGUGUCAGCCCACCAACCCACCCACCCCCCUCUCUCUGCACCACACUACCACCACCUUCCCCUUCUCCCCCCUUCCCCAUAAGUGACCACAGCACGUGAUUGGUAAACCGUUGCGAUACUCUCCACCGAGUGAGGUACCAAAACAAUCUACCAAGUGCUGAGAUUUGCAAUAAUACUGUUUUUAUUGGAGGAGAAACCACCUUAAAACAAGUCUGGGUCUUUUUUGCGUCAGCUCAGAUGCUUUUAACCACUGGUCUCAUAGCUGUGUUAAUAACUGACUGAUCAUGAAAGGUUGAUGAUUUUAAUCAUUCUCGGGAGCAGCUUUUGAAAAUCCCUUUACCAUCAGGCCUGUGCUUUAUAUUGUUUCUUUUUCUUUUUUUAACAAUACUUGUAUCUCACAAGUGACUUUAUGACCAGUUUCCGUCUGACCAAUGGCAAGCUGCGAGUCACUCAUCCCACCUGGGAACGGGACGUGUUAGAAUUAAUUUCCCCUCACAUCUUUCCAUCAUAUUGCACUCCCCUCUCCUUUCCGUGACAAGGGCUAUUUCCCCUGCUGCAUGUGUACAAAUGACAAAAUGUGAAUGUGAUUUUAUUUUGUUUUUUGGUUUCUCACUCUCUCUCUUUCUCACUGCAUUCUUUCCUGGACCACAACUUAAUAUCUAAUCUCAGUACUGCACAGUAAUAUUCAUCUCUGUUGUUUUCCAGUCAGGUCCAGAGUUCACUUGGAUGUGUCCCGAGAUCAUUCACAUAUGAAAAGUGUUCUCAAGUAUUCUUGCUAGUGUUACACUAAAAGAGAAUGUAACACAAUAACUGUAUUCAAAAUAGAUUGUGAACAUCGACUUUGGGCCUAAAUUGGAUGUCGAUAGCUGGACUCUAACAGUUUCGGAGAAUAAAACCAAAUCGACCACAGAAGUGAGUGGAAAGAAAUGAGCAGUGAUGUAAGAUUCCUGGUCAGACUGAGUCAUAUUGAAACAAACACACAUGCAGGUACGCUUGGCACACAGACCUAUUCAGUCUCUAUAUUUGAUAAAGGUGAGGCCAGUAUGUCUUAUUCACAGCAUGCCUUGACUCUAGCCUGCAUCUGGAAUUUCCACUGAAGUUAUUGCUCUCCUUGAAAAAGUCCCUAAAAAGGCUGUUAGAGGUAAAUUUAUGAUUUUGAAUAAAAAAAAAAAGAUUGACCUUUCAGUUAAAUUUUGUGGAGUGGAGUUUAUCCACCAUCAUGUAAGUUGUAUUGAAUUGCACUUAACCUGAGUUAAUUUGCUGAUUAAAAAUGUGUGAAACAAGUCAACCUGGCACGUUUUAAUCCCUCUUCUUGACGCAUUUAUCGGAGGUACAGAGUAUAUCCAUUACCCUCACACACUGCUGCUAACUGCCUCCCUGAAGUGAGAGCAGAUGGUCUAUUAUUUCUCUUAUUGAUUUUUUUUUUUUUUUUUUUUUGCGUUUGCCCUUUCUGUUAAAAGCGUCGACACAGACUUUAGCUCACUCACUAAAAUGUGGUUGACACACUCAUUAACCGACACUUUCACGGUAAUGUUUUAUUGGCUUUGUUUGGGCCUCUUGUGCACUCAUAAUGAAACACACACUCAUACAGAUCGGCAUCACUGCUAUUUCAUUCUGCUUAUUGUUUGAAUAUCUGAGUAGCCUAUCAGACAGUGAAUAUCUGUGACUGGAAACCACUUCAACACACAGCUGGUGUAUGUGCGUCCACUAUUGUAUUACUGUACAUGUAUAUGGUACUGUCUUUUUUUCUCUUUUUUUGGCCUUUUUAUGGUACAGCAGGUACUGAUGGGAUUCUGUCUUCUUUUUUUUUAAUUCUCUGCAUUAAACACAGUAAUGAAUGGUAAUCUGAAUGGAAGACUUUUAGAAAUCGAUGUUAAUUUAUUUUCUUUUUCCUUUAACUGUACCACAGGACACUGGGAUUGUAACCACAGCAACAUUGUGUUAUUUAUUCUCUAAUCAUGCGUCCGCAUAUUUUCUUUUCUUUGUACACAUUUUAUUACUUUAUUUUUAUAACUGAUAUGUUUUUUGUUUAUUUGUGAUUGUUGUUUUUGUCAUAAAUCUCAUGGUAGAUGUUUUGCCCUUUUAGAGAUGAUUUCAGUAUCUGCAAGGCAUGACACUAGUUUUUUUUUCCAAUACUGUGAAUUAUGAUUUUGUGGGAGACAAACAGUUUUUAUCAGCGGAACCUCAAAACAGGUUUCAUGUUUUCUCUUUGAGUCCAAUUUUUUGUUUUGUUUUUGUUUUUUUGUUUGUUUGUUUUUAUAAGUGAUCGAGCAAUGACUUUUGCUUGCCAGAUAAAUUCUAUGGUAUAGAUUUGUAAUGAAGAUUGUCAGUAUUUUCAUAUUGAUGCUAUAUAUGAUGUACAUUUUUAUCACAUAAUGAAGAUGUUUUAAGAUUCAACUGGAGAUAUGUAUAAAUAAAUAAAUAGAUGUACACAUGUAAUUGCUGAUUGGAGGAGCUGGAUAAA